CCUAAUUGGUCACAGGAACCAUCAGUAGAGGCAUAGGAAGCGUGUAGAGUGGGAACCGAAAUUACUAGGCGCCCGGCAAAUAUGCCGCUCAAUCGUGACCGUGACCCGGAUUGAGAGCCAGGGGCCCCCAGGAAAAAGAAACAAGUUUGUAGCACAAACACAUUCACCCGUUCCAACAAAGUACAUACAGCAGGCAUUCUUCUAAAACUGUCAAACAAAGCUUUCGACAGGUCAAUUUGAAUUGUUGUCCCAGCCCAGCCCAGCCCAGCGCUCGCACCGCUCGCAGAAGACAUCGCUGGCACCGUGUUGGCCGCCAUUUGAGCGCUUGGUCAACUGCGAGACAUCGCGAGACCGUGUUGGCCGCCACUUGACCAAGCGCUCAAAUGGCGGCCAACACGGUGCCAGCGAUGUCUUCUGCGAGCGGUGCGAGCGCUGGGCUGGUCGCGCCAGGAGCAGGCCCUAUCACGAGCAAGGCGGACGAUGGCGAGCGGUCGCGCUACUGUGCGCAACUCCACGCGCUGCGAGCGGUGGGCGCCAGCGUUCCCGACGCGGACCUGGGCGACGCGGUCUGCAUCGUCCACCAGGCAAACCGGAGCGGAAGCCCGGGCGAGGUUGUGCUGGGCGCGAAGGUGGACAAGCUCUCGGCCGACGUGGGGGCGGUCAAGGCGAAGUUGGACCAGCUCUCGGUCAUGAUGGUCGGCAUCAAGGCGGGGCAGAACAACGUGGUGCACCGCAACAUGAACGGCAACAGCCGGAUGGCGGAGCACAACCUGCAGCCGCUCAAGGCGGAGGAGGGAGAGCACGUGGGCGAGUACCCAACCCAGCCCGACCUAUUCCCGGCGACGCUGGGGGCGCUGUUCAGCCUCAACAACCCCCAGCUGGACAAGCUGGAGGAGUUCUACAACUGCGAGUUCAAGGGCACCAGCAUAGCGGCGUGGCAGAGCGCCUUCACCGCCUUCAUUGGUGCGCUGUCUGCGCGCCCCUGAGUGGCGGCGUUGUUUUAUGUUUGGGGGGAAGCGGGGAGGACAAGCGUAGAUGAAUCGCAAGUGGGUCCUGGUGCCGUGUCGGCACCUUGGCAUGAACCUGGGGAACGAAAUUGUGAAUUUUGUGGAACAAGGAUGGAACAAUUACAAAGCCCGCCAGUGCAACCAUCCAAAAACUACAACCACUGUGACCUGUAUGUGAAAGUGGCCGACGGCUGGGGCUCCGCCGCGGCCGUGUGCUGCAGUUGGCUUUCCCAGAGUGCUGGGGCACAUCACCCGGGGGGCCACGUGUGCACACGCUCCGAGAUCCGCCGGGCCUUGAUUAUGCCUCCGGCGUUGUUAACGGCGUGGUUGUGUUAUCAGGUUAUAGCCGCCUUGGGUUGUACGCCGAGGGUGGUCAAGAUCGGCACGAGGUUCAGUGGAAUGGUUCCCGCGACGCCCAGGGCGAGGCACUCUGCGGGCGAGUAGUGGACUCCGCCAUCCAGCUUGGAUUGUCGUUUCGAUGUUUCUUCUCUGUGGUGUUACCACAGCGCAUAUGUCAUCAUGGAGCUGUGGCUCAGCUGCCAUUCGUGGCAAGCGGCAGGCAGGGCCAGCAGAGGGCUCCGGCAGGGCCACUGGCGAUGUGCAUGACGUCGAGUCACUAUGCAAUGCGGGGCGACAUACCGUACAGUGUAAGAUUAAGGUUGA